CUGAAGUUUGAUUAGGACAUACUCUUAAGGUUCUACAAUAGCACGUUUGACAGAACUUGUUCUUUUUCUCUCUCUUACAUACUUGAAAAAUGAAUUCAAAUUUUAAAAUUUGGGGAGUAUUCCUGAUGUUGAUGAUAGUUGAACAGAAGACCACAUUAAGUGAUAACACCAAAGUUUCUUCAAAUUCAACAACCAAACUUCCUUCUAAUUCGACGGCCAAUGAAAACAAUGAUAGUGGUGACAGCAUUAUCAUCCUGGUUGUUUUUGCAACGACAUCAAUUUUCUCACUAACUUUAUUUGUUGUAUUUUUUAUGGUGUGCUGCCUCAAAAAUUGCAACAACAAGCGACAGUUAAACAUACAGGGAUUAAACAGCUCAACUCUCAAAACCAGAGCAUUUAAAAUGUACCACAAUGAGCUGAUCCCCAAGAAGAACAACAGUAAAGAUGAUAACACUGCUGAUCACGUAUACGAGGACCCAAAGCUUAUGAAGCUUGAAGAAGAGUACAUGUACGCAGACCAAAAUGUCCUGGAGCUCAUGAAAAACUAUGAGAAAACAGUGUUGCAAGAAUCGACCUCUGUGGGUACCAAGGAGAAACUCUCCCUUGGAAAACCACUUUCAAAAGAAAAGACGUCAAUUCAGAAAGAAAAUGAAUACUAUGUAAAUGGAAUGUUGUCCCUGAAAAGAACGACUAAAAAUAAGGAUAAACAAAAUAAAGCUAAAAAGAAAUAGAAAGUCCAUUUACUUUUUUAAUAAGUGUUGUUUUGUGACAAAAUGAGUCUUGUUGAACGCUAGGUCAAUUUGAUAUACCGGUAUUCAAGAAUAUGAAGUGAUAUUUUGAUAAAAAUUUGGUUUCAAUGUUUUAAAUAAAUCCAAUAUGAUCUUACCACGGUUGUACUCAAGCAAGGGACCCGAUUCUGAGAAUAAAAUAAAGCUUAUCCAUCUAUGUAAACAGAUCGAUAACUCAUUCUUCAUUUUUUGUACAAGACUCACUUUGUCAUGACAGCUCACAUAUAAUUGAAUGCUAAAAGCUAGCUAAUAUAAUCCACUCCAGGCUUGACAUUACCUGACAUUUAACCUCAGCAAUCUCUAUAAUUUAUAAAAACUGUUCUAUUUUAUUAAGGAUCUUUAGAGAAGGGCAAAAAAAAAAAUUAAGAAAUUUUUUUUUGUCAUUUAGCAAAUUGGAUUUGCCAAUUAGGUGGACGAGGAAAUAAAAAUAAAAUUUAAUGAAGAAAUAAAAAUAGUGAGCAGGUGUGAAAAAAAUAGAUUCUCACACAAAAUGUUAUCAUGGUCAUAAAGAAUAAUGGUACAAUGUAAACAGUAAUGGCAAAACAUUUUAAAUACCUUCUUUAACAAACUUAUAUUCAUUAUUUUAAAGAACAUCUGAGGAUGCUAGACAAAAAAUAAAAAUAAAAUUUUGUUUUCUUACUUUGUGAAAAUGAUUUUGCAAAAACUUCUAGGUGCAGAAGAAAAUAAAAAUUGAAUUAUAUUGAUAAAUGUAGUAAUGAUUGAUUGAUAAAUGCUUUAAUUUAUAUAAUCAAGAAAUAUACGUAAUUUAUUUUG